CCACCCUCCCUCCGCACUCUGAGCCUCCAAUGGGAGCUCAGCGCCGACUUAUAACAGCUGAGGCCGCCCAGGGAUGUGUGAGAUAAAGAGGGAAGGACACAGAGAGAGAGAGAGAGAAAGAGCGCGCUGCAGUUACUGAGGAAUACAGGGAGGGGGGGGAAAAAAUAGAGACAGGGCUCCGGCUGGGAGCUGAUUCCCAUGAAUGUGUGGGCUCUGGGAGUAGCCCAUCUAACAUUGUAGUGAGCAGCAGUGUGUAGAGGGACCGAGCGGUAAAAAUAGCAGCGAGAGGGGGAUAUCAGGUUUACACAGGGUCUGACUGAGACAGAGGAGGGAUCAGUGUGGCUGUAGUCUCCCUCCUGUCUUUUUGUUUGAGCUGAAUUUGACUGGGGUUUCUUUUGUUUGAGGUCUCCUUCUGCUGCUGUUGCUAUUUUAAUAGGUGUGACAGUGUCGGUUGGCGGGCCGAGGGCAGGAGCAGGAGGAGACAGUGAGGAUGGAGCCCGGUUCCCCCAGCUCCCCGGCCGGUGAGCAGCCUCCAGCCGCUCCGCCCGAGCCUGCGGUGCCGCUCCGUCCAGUGGCCAGUCAGAGCCGCUUCCAGGUCGACCUGGUGACUGAGGGGGCGGCAGGAGCGGCAGAGGGGCCGAAGGGACGGAGCCCCAGCCCGAGCCCGGAGCAGGAGGACCAAGGCAUCGCUCCCCCCGGGGAUGAGAGCACGGCAGCGGCGGCCGAGGAGGCGAAAGGCAGGUUCCGGGUGAAUUUCGUGGACCCGGCUUGGGAGGAACCGGCCGGCUCGGGCUGCGUGAUUUCCCCGCAACAGGCGCCACCGCAAGGCAGCGAGGCGGCGAUGAAUGGCUACCCCCAGAACGGUGACACCUUGCUGAGUGAGGGCAGCCUGCAUUCGGCCGGCACCACCACCCAUCAUUACUAUGAUACACACAGCAACACCUACUACCUACGAACUUUCGGUCACAACACCAUCGAUGCAGUGCCCAGGAUCGAUCAUUACAGGAAUACAGUGGCUCAGCUCGGAGAGAAACUCAUCAGACCCAGCCUGGCGGAGCUACACGAUGAGCUGGACAAGGAGCCUUUUGAGGAUGGUUACGCAAAUGGAGAGGAAGCCAGUCCAGCUGAGGAGGCUGUGUCAAAACAUGUUGUUGACAAUAAAGGGGUUGUAAAGUUUGGCUGGGUUAAAGGUGUUCUGGUACGAUGUAUGCUGAAUAUUUGGGGUGUGAUGCUCUUCAUCCGUUUAACAUGGAUUGUAGGCCAUGCUGGAAUAGGUCUUGCUGUUUUAGUCAUUGGCAUGGCAACUGUUGUGACCACUAUCACAGGACUAUCAACAUCUGCUAUAACGACCAAUGGAUUUGUUCGUGGAGGUGGAGCAUACUAUUUGAUAUCCAGAAGUUUGGGGCCGGAGUUCGGUGGCGCAAUUGGCCUCAUUUUUGCCUUUGCCAAUGCGGUAGCUGUAGCCAUGUAUGUGGUUGGCUUUGCAGAGACUGUUCGAGAUUUGCUUGUGGAACAUAAUGCGCUCAUGAUUGAUGAAGUGAACGAUAUCAGGAUCAUAGGAACCAUUACUGUUGUGGUCCUGUUUGGUAUAUCGGUCGCAGGAAUGGAAUGGGAAGCUAAGGCUCAAAUUGUGCUUUUGGGAAUUCUGCUGAUAGCCAUCGGUAACUUUGCUGUGGGAACUUUCAUCCCAGCUCAUGACAAACGAGCAAAAGGAUUUUUUAAUUAUCAAAGUGAAAUAUUUUAUGAAAAUUUUGGGCCAGAUUUUCGAGAAGGAGAAUCUUUCUUCUCUGUCUUUGCUAUUUUCUUUCCAGCUGCUACUGGUAUCCUUGCUGGGGCAAACAUCUCUGGUGAUCUUGCAGAUCCACAAUUAGCCAUACCUAAAGGCACACUGUUGGCCAUUUUAAUCACAACGAUAGUGUAUACAGGAGCUGCUGUUGUUGCAGGUUCCUGUGUAGUUCGUGAUGCUACUGGGAAUCUUACUGAUGCUAUCAUCUCUGGAACAGCAAUUAACUGCACUAAUGCAGCCUGUAAACUGGGCUUUAAUUUCUCUUCCUGUGCCACAACCCGAUGCUCAUAUGGACUAAUGAAUAACUUCCAGGUCAUGAGCCUAAUAUCUGGAUUUGGGCCUUUGAUUACUGCAGGAAUCUUUUCAGCAACACUUUCUUCUGCUCUGGCCUCAUUAGUGAGUGCUCCCAAAAUAUUUCAGGCUUUGUGUAAGGAUAAAAUAUACCCUGGUCUUCACGUAUUUUCAGUUGGUUAUGGGAAGAACAAUGAGCCAUUACGUGGAUAUGUUCUCACAUUCUUCAUUGGUCUGGGAUUCAUACUAAUUGCUGAGUUGAAUGUCAUUGCACCAAUCAUUUCCAAUUUUUUCCUGGCUUCAUAUGCUUUGAUUAAUUUCUCAGUAUUCCAUGCUUCUCUUGCUAAAUCUCCAGGUUGGCGACCUGCAUUUAGAUGGUAUAACAUGUGGAUUUCAUUACUUGGUGCUAUCUUGUGCUGCGGGGUAAUGUUUGUCAUCAAUUGGUGGGCAGCACUAUUGACAAACGUCAUUGUUCUUGGUUUAUAUAUUUAUGUCACCUACAAGAAACCAGAUGUGAACUGGGGGUCCUCCACACAGGCUUUGACUUACUUGAUUGCCUUACAACAUGCCAUUCGGCUGACUGGAGUAGAGGACCACGUGAAAAAUUUCAGGCCCCAAUGCCUACUGAUGACAGGUGCUCCACCGUCCCGUCCAGCCUUGCUCCAUUUAGUUCAUGCCUUCACCAAAAAUGUUGGACUGGUGGUCUGCGGGCAUGUUCACACGGGACCACGUCGACAAGCUUUAAAGGAAAUUGCAACUGAUCAGGCGAAAUACCAACGGUGGUUAAUAAAAAAUAAAAUGAAAGCCUUCUACGCGCCGGUAUAUGCAGAAGAUUUACGUGAGGGGACACAAUUUUUGCUUCAGGCUGUAGGACUUGGUCGAAUGCGGCCCAACACACUGGUCUUUGGUUUUAAGAAAGACUGGCAUCAAGCCCUUAUGAAGGAUGUGGAUAAUUACAUCAACACAAUUCAUGAUGCAUUUGACUGUCAAUAUGGAGUAGUCGUCAUUAGACUAAAGGAAGGUUUUAAUAUUUCUCACCUUCAAGCACAAGAAGAGUUAUGCACUUCUCAGGAGAAAUCUGCUCAACCCAAGGACAUUGUAGUGAAUCUGGAACAUUCUGAUGCGGAUUCCUCAAAGCCAUCUUCGAAAUCAGUGAGUGAAACCAACAGCCCAGCUGCAUCACAAGACCAAAAAGUGAUGCAUAUGAAGUUAACUUACUGUAUUGGUUGUUUUGAACAUAAUGCAGAUGAAGAAGAUGAUGGCAAGGCGUCCACACAGCCUCUCUUGAAAAAAGAGGUUAAGGGUUCAUCUGUGCCUUUGAACAUGAAUGAUCAGAAGCUGCUUCAGGCAAGCUCUCGAUUCCAAAAGCAGCAGGGUAAAGGGACGAUUGACGUCUGGUGGCUUUUCGAUGAUGGAGGCUUGACGCUACUUAUCCCAUAUCUUCUCACUACGAAGAAAAAGUGGAAAAAUUGCAAGAUCAGAGUGUUCAUUGGUGGAAAAAUAAACAGGAUAGACCACGAUAGGAGGACAAUGGCCACUUUACUCAGCAAAUUCAGGAUAGAUUUUUCAGACAUCACUGUUCUCGGGGAUAUGAAUACAAAGCCAAGCAAAGACAAUAUUGCAGCUUUUGAAGAGAUGAUUGAGCCAUUCAGACUUCAUGAGGAUGAUGGAGAACAAGAAGCAUCUGAGAAAAUGAAGGCAGAGGAACCAUGGAGGAUCACAGACAAUGAGCUGGAGAUCUACAGAAUGAAGACGUAUCGACAGAUCAGAUUGAAUGAAUUGCUAAGGGAGAACUCGAGCACUGCUAACCUCAUUGUCAUGAGUUUGCCAGUGGCACGAAAAGGUGCUGUCUCAAGUGCACUGUACAUGGCCUGGAUUGAAACUCUCUCAAAGGAUUUGCCGCCAAUCUUACUUGUACGAGGCAACCACCAGAGUGUUCUUACUUUCUACUCUUAAAUGAUUAGCACAGGACAGCGUUUUGAUAACGCCAGUGCAGCGGCUGGAAGUAGGAAAUAAUGAGUCCUGGGAUUUAGUGUGUUUCACAUGUCCAUUGAUCAAAAUCAAAAUAAGCACACAAAGGAUGAAACCUCUUGAGUUUCAAGGAUCAUGAGAACUACUUGAUUUUUACCCUGAUGGCCUGUCAAUUUGCCUGAGUUUGAUUUGAAUGAAAGCAGAUUUUUCUGACUGUAUACAGAAAGUUUUCUUUCUGCUACUGGAACAACAGCAAUAAUAUUUUUUCUUUUGAAAUAACUAAGUUAAAUUGCAUUAAUAUGAAAAGCCUUUACAGCCUUACUGAGGUGCCUUCCAAAAGAGAAAUUGCUUACCAAAUUCCAUUGAUUCCCUAUUUUAUGUAUAUUGGAUGAUCAUUGUAAAAUUGAGUAGCCUAAUAUAAACUGUAGUUAGUGCUUUACAUUGAAUGAGUUCUCAAAGAGGGUGUAUUUUCCACCUUCUGUCACAAAGACAAAAGCUGCUUUCACUAUUUUGGUCUUCCACAGGGCUGCUAUUAGUUGAAAAUGUGUUCUAAGUUUCGCACUCAAAAGCUCUGAUAUUUAAGUAGCAGAGGUUCACAGGAAAUGCUUCUUUGUUACCCUUCAGUUCCCCCAUUUCUGUGAAAUGCACAGUGGGAGUGAUUUUGGAGCCAUUAUUUUCAAAGAUUGUUACUGUACAUUGUAAUGUGCCUGUAAUCAGGACGAGAGAUUUAAGUUUUAUGAUUGAAUAUAUAGAGAGGCAUCAGCCAGGGUUUGUGAAGACUCUCCUAGAAGGAUUGUCAUGCACACAUCACCCUCUCCUCUAGCCCUCGUUUAGGCAGAUCUGGGAAUUUAACUUGCUUACAUAUGUCCCGUGCAAAUGUUUCUUACAUGUUGCAACAUAGCAUUGAGGCUUAAGCAAGAUCCUAGUUAUGCUGUCAUAUUUUUAACUGCAGAGCAAUGCUUUGAAAAGGGAAUAUUAAAAAGUUGCCAGCUUUUCAGAUUUUAACUGGCCUUUUCUUUCUAUACUUGUGGAAAUGUAGAACUGAGCUAAAAUUUUGAAAAUGCACCUACUUGCCCCAUCUUUGGUUUCACAAGUUAAAGGUUCAAUGUAGUCUUGAAAAUAUUAGUCCUAUAUUAUACUAUAUUAUGGAUUGUGCUGAAAUGCAUUGUUGCAUCAUUAGCUUACAAUAUCUUUGUUAAAAAUAAGCUACAGCUACCUUAGUUUCCUAUCCUCAAACAUUUUCUUUGAAUGUCAGCAUUUAAAAUGUUUGCCAAAUACUUUUACAUUAAGUUUUUGUCACUUUAAAUGGUGUACACUAUCCCAUCAUGAUAUGGGGUUCCAUGACUUGGCUUCCUCAUAGUUUAUUUCAUAUCCACUUGAUGCUAACAUAUUAAUGCGCAAAAUAUGUUCCUUUCCAUUGCAGUUAAAUGCAUGACAUUUGAAAUUAUUAUUGUAUGAAACAGUGUAAACCUGACCAUAAAAUUGAAGAGUAAUUUCAGAAUGUUUGUUUGCAAUUAUUAGGAAUGUUCAAACUUGAAAAGGCUGUUGUGCUUCCUCCUUCAUAUGAAUGAUGUCUUAAGAAAUCUAUAUAACUGAUACUGAACAGUGUCAUUAAAUAAAGCUCAGUACAUAGAGUUCUGUUAGAGAACACAAAUUUAAUCUUCUGUGAAACAGUGUACUGCUUAGUUCAGCCAGCUAAAAACUGAUUUUUAAAAGAAAACCAAAUGAACUUUGUGUAUGUGUGCAUAAACAAUGAAAUGUAGAAAGAGUAGCUUACAAAUUGCAGGGUGCAUUCUCGUGGUCUCUUAUGUAUCCUACACUGCCACUGUUCAACAAUCCAUGCUAACUCCUAUAGGAAACAGAAAUCGCUUCUGUGCGAGAGGAGUGGAUGUUACUAGUGUUGUGUUCAUUUCAUGUGAUAGGCAACAUUUACCCAUGUUCAGAAAUGGUCUCAUUGCUUUUGUAAAGUGUUUUGUAGCCAAAGCUAAAACUUACUAUAGUUCAUUAUUGGAAACUAACCAAUUCUCAAAACACAGUAGUAAUCUUCACAAAUGUGAAAUUGCACCAUACACUGAAUACUUAUGUAUUUAACCUUUUUAUUGUGAAGGAAAUUAGCGACAGGGUGAUUAGGAGAAAUGGCCGAUUUUUGAUUUAUUUUUCUGUUAAUUUAUUCAUCUAACUUUGUGUAAAUCAAUACAAUUCCUUUAUACAUUCAAUUUGGUUAUUUUACGGGGUUCUUUUGAAACUACACUGUAUGCUGUAAACUUCAGUCUUUUUAAACAACAAAAAGUCUGCAGAGUUGUUUUACAAAGCUAUGUUUGGAAAUGAUUUCAUGACCAUGUUUUUCCAGGGGGUAAACAGCCCAAAGAAGCUGAAUGAAACAUUUUGAUAAUCUGUACUAUAAUUCACUGAAAUGCUUUUCUAAUUAUUUUAACAUUAAAAGUAUUAAAGAUGAUACUUUAUACAUCGUUAUUGCAAUAAAGAAAAUGUUACAUUA